GGACUUUUUUGUGUCACUACGCAACACCAACAUUGACCACUAGGUGGAGCCUCUCACUUAGUAAUUUUUGCGCAUCAACGGCACAGUUGAUGAACUCAGUUUCCCAGAGUGCUCUGCGGCGCGCUGUCGCUGCUGUUUGUCCAUCCGUUGCUCCAACAAUGCAGCUUUUAAUGGAGCUGUGAGCCGAGCGAGCAGGAGACGCAGCAGCAGCAGCAGCAACACCGCAGGACUGUUCGGAGACUGGAGCCGUAACAAAUUCAACACUACGUGGUUUUUAAGGUUCUGACGAACCCUCCUGGAGGCUGUGAGUCGGGUGUUUUUGGACCUCCUGGACCCCUCUGCCGGGGUGAGUAGCUAAUGAGGCUAACAUUGGUGAGGUGGGUGUAAAUGCAUUUUGUUGUGACCACUGCUGCUGGCUAGCAGGCUAGCUAAUUGGCCAGAUGAGACAUAUGGCCCCUUGUGUGUUCCCCCUACAGCCCCUCUUUAUUUCAGGACCCUCAUGAGUUCUGGUGCAGAUUUAGUCUUAGAUUAAGAUGUUUCACCGGUGAAGGUUGGUAGUUUACACGCAGACUCAGUGAAGUUGUCCCUUAUAGACGCUGUAAGUCGUGAGUGUGUUUUGCUUUGAUGUUUUCUGAGGCACACGUCAACCAGUCCUCGGUGUUACUACAGUCCAAAUACCAGAACCAGAACCACAUGUGGACCUUUCAGCAUAUUGUAGCUGGACCUAGGAUGGUUCGAACACACUACACAUGCAUACUUUAUACUAUGUAUACUACAUACUAUGCACUCUAUUAUACUAUGCAUACUAUAAAUUAUGUAUACUAGUAUACUAUGCAUACUUUACUAUUUUGUGUUGUAUAUAGUGUACAUACUUGAGUAUUAUCUCUUUAUUUUUACUUAUUUUAUCCAUUUAUCUCCUCUUUUUACUUAUUUUAUUUAUUAUUUAUCUCCUCUUUUUACUUUAUUUGCGCUGGAGUUACUGCGACAAAAAGCAGUUUCCCUCUUGGGAUUAUUAAAGUAUUUCUGAUUCUGAUGGUGUGUCCCAAAUCGCAUACUUCUAUACUAAAUACGUUUUUUCAAAUUGAGUAUUCUAAGUAUACUAUGUACUAUAUACCGUGCAGGGCACCCACCUGAAAUGACGACGCAAUUUCUUUUUUCCAUUUUGCGUUGAGUGUACUCAAAAUUUUAAGUAUUUAGUAUAGAAGUAUGCGAUUUGGGACACACCAUGAUUCUGAUUCAUAUGUAUACCUUUCUGCUCCUGUAGUAUGAGCAAAUGUCACCCCAAACCCCAUUUACAAAAACAGCGAUUUUUGACCAAGCUGCAAAGUGUUAAGUGGGGUACACACAUAAGAAUUUGAAAAUUUUUGUUCGUAAAUAUUGAACAAGUUUAAUAUUUACGAUUGUCGGCCCAGACCCGUUUUGGACCCAGUUAUCGGGACAAAUUCACUCUUAAUACCUCAGACCACAGGAUCAUCUUAUUGGAUAGUCUUAGAAGACAUAAGAUAAUUUUGCGAUUGUCGUUCUUGGUCGGAAGGGGGAAAAUUGUGACAAAAACAGCCCGAUUGCUGUCUGCUACUACGCAGUUGUUUGCUACUUGGUUCGAAUUCAGCCCAUGAUUGGUUCAGCACGGAGCGGACCCGCAGCAACUCCCCUUUUUAUUGGCUAUUCGUGUAGUCUACCAGAACAUGGCAGAAUGCUGACUAUCGAAAAGCAUAUUGACCAUGUGUUACAUAUAUCAUUAUGGUUUUAUCGCCCAGCCCUAGUUAUAGUAUAAGGUUUAUUAAUGUGUGGUCCUGUCUAAUGAUGGAGAAAAAGACACAGCUUGUGGCGUUACUAUUACCUGCCACACUAUCAUGAACACCUGGGAAAACCGUGAACCUCGAACAUCAGCUGUUUUACGCCUCUGUAUUCUGCACAGAUCUGUUCAUGGUCAGAUGUCACCGGUUAUUAAGUACAAUAACAACCUGUCCGAUCAUGUCAAGCAAUAACUGCAAAUGUAGAGGCUAACUGAAAGUAGAACAAGUUGCUCUAUUUUUGUCACGGUGUUAAUAACACUCAGUUAUUGCCUCAUAUAUGUCUCCUCAGCACAGUGCAAUUCAACAGCACCGUAAACGACAGCCUCCUUAAAAAGCCAUAAAAUAUCAUCAAUACUUGUUUAAACACUUAAUAUUUUAUUACACAGCAACAGAUGUGAUGUUGGAUUUUAUUCCAGGGCUGCUUUAUUGAACACGGCGCAUCCUCUUUAUCACAGGUAUUAUAUAAAUUGUUUUGUAGAGGAACCAAACAAAGAGGAGUAUAACAAAAGCCUCUUUGAAGUUUGGGAACAGUACAUGCUUCUCAGUUCAACUUUGGCAUAUUUGAGGGAACAAUGAGGUUACGACAAGAGGCAUUACUUUGACAAACUGUUUCAGUAACAAGUAAAUCCCAUUUUCUCUCAUUUCUAAGCGAGUGCAGCGAAAGCUCCUUGAGCGCUUAAUAGCAGAGUUACCAGACGUGUCCUCAAAAGCUUCUCGGUGAGUUUGUUUGUACUUGAGCAGUGUUGAAGAGUACACUUUUGUGUAAUAGAUGUAAUGGGUUUUUUAAAAACUUGAGUGUGGAUUUUGUAGAAACAAACUAUCACAUCUCUGUGAUUGUGUUGUCAGGGAUUUUUUCAAGUUUUUGUAGAGUAAGGGCCUGUGUCCACUAAGAGCAUUUUUAGGCUGUAAGGGCCUAUUUUCUAUACGCAACAUGUGAAGAUCAGCAUUUUCAGGAUAUAUUAUCUCAGUGUGAAUUCUGUUAAAACAAACUAUCACAUCUCAAUGAUUUUGUUGUCAGGAAUUUUUCAAGUUUUUGUAGAGUAAGGGCCUGUGUCCAUUUAAAGCAUUUUUUAGGCUAUUAGGGCCUAUUUUCUAUAAGAAACCAAUGGAGUAUAGUAUUUUCAUGACUUAUCAUCUUAGGAGGAACAAAAAUGUCCAAGUGUCAGUAGCAGAAGUGAAAUUAAUUGAGGGUAUAACUUUUUGGGCUAGAGCUGCUGAUAUCACCAGGAAACAAUCCUUUCCUAUGUUUUCAUGCUUUCUUUGCAAAAAUUUCCUUAAAUAGAAUUUUGUGAGAGAGUGUUGAAACAUCCUAUCACAUCUCAGUGUUUUUGUUAUUUGGAAUUUUUUCAAGGGCCUAUGUCCACUUAAAGCAUUUUUAGGACAUUAGGGCCUAUUUUCUAUAUAAAACCAAUAAAGUACAGCAUUUCCAUGUUUUUACGCUUUCUUUGCAAAAUUUCCUUAAAUAAAAGUAUAUGAGAGAAGAAGAUAUGCCAUGUGACCAUGUUUGUAACCUAGCAAAAGAUAAUGCCAGUGUGAGGAACCCUAAAAUUGAGGUCACAGUGCAAAAAAUGCUGUCAGUGGAAACAGGCCCUUGAGGCGUUUGUGAUUGAAGGAUUCGAGCCAUCACAAACAGGUAAAGGUUAUUUUUAGACAUUGAGGAGACGUUUUCCUUCAUGAGUUAUAUUGGACCUCAGCCUUCAUUGAUAUAAACUGGAUGGGACCCUGUGUAACCCACUGUGGAUGAGGAUAUUGAUCUUUUUCACACAGGGGCGUGAUUGCCACGCUGUCUUUGAAUGAUUUCUUUCCUCCUGUGGUCACAUAGUAAUGACCGGACGCCAUGAUGCAGAAUAAUGGCUAUAUCAGCGUUUCAUUAUGUGUCAAGCUGCUUGUAGAUGUGCUGCCCUCAUUAAACAGCCUGACACCUGCCUGCUGCCGCAAUUUCCUGAAUGCUCAUGUGUGUAGAGGCCAUUCCUGCGGCAUCAUUAGGAGGAGUGUGUGGCUUCAUACUAUGGCUGGUAAUUGGAGGAGCAGUUUUUAAAAUGUAAUUGACUCUGACUUUAACUCUAGGUGCUGAUAGUUUAUAAAAAGUUCAGAUUGGAAGUAUACUUCACUUUUAUAGACUUCCUGCUUAGCCAAAGUACUUUCUACAAGCGACACAAUCCGCCAUAUCAUCUGCAUAAUAAUAUAUACCCCCACACAUAUAAUUUCACAGCCCUCAGAAGAGCUGUGUGGACAUGUGUCCCACUCAAGGACACUUUGACAUGCAUGCUGACAGGGAAGGAGAUCGAACUGUCGAUCCUCUGAUUAGUAGACGAGUCUCUUUAUCCCCUGAGACACGGCCCAAGAAGUCCAGCAAAACAAGCAGAAGGUAGUUUUUUCCUCACCUUUUAACCUGGUUUUACUCAAUACAGAGUUUAAAGGAAGUAUAAAUGUUGUCCUUGUAUGCAUGUAGCAUUACAUACAAAAAUAAACAACAUUUUUGAUCUGCAAAUACUCACCUCUACAAGUCCGAACAGGCUCAACUCUGCAAGGAAAGAGCAUAAAGUUUUUCAUACAUUAGCCACUGAGCGUAGGGUGAAAAAACUGCUAACUUUGUAGACCAAUCAUGGAGAGAAUAAAACACCAAACUGACUGAAAUAUUAAUUUAUAAAAGCCUGUCUGGAAAAGCUCAAAACUGGAGUUGAAAAACCUCAAUAAUUAAACUCUAAUUUUCCAGAUAUCUAAAUAAAAAAUGUGGUUUAGCAUUUUCUGAAUGUGCAAAAUCUGUCGUUGCAGGUUCAAAUAAAGUGCAGCAAUAAUUCAUACGAACAAACAGAGGUGUAAUGAAAGUAGUCACACCUUCACCCGUCUAGUAUUCGCCUCCUUCACAUAUAUUACACUCCUAAAAUUUCGAGGAACUUUGAGGCGCUGCGCUCCAUCAAUUUUCCAUAGUUGCUGCUUGUUCAUGCAUGCCUCUCAUUACAUGAAGUCUGAAAAGGCAGGAGAUGAGUCUAGGGAGGCAGGACAUGACAUUAAAAGCACUCUGCAGGAGCCACACUGUGAUGUUUACAGCAUGUUGUUGAAUAAAGUAACAGAGACCUCGACAAUGACGGUGACAGUUUCAGCUUCUAUAUUCAUGCUGGACUAUUACACAGACAACAGCUCUCCUUCUUUAACCUCAGACGGUUUUAUUCGUCCCAUUUCAUGUCAUUCUCGCAGGUUUGCAGCAGUUACAUAACAUCCACAUUAUCACACCUGCCUGUUCGCUCAUGGUGAAGUAUUUCCUGCUGCAUUCUCACAUCCACUUCACACCGUAAUUUUACAGGGAACUAGCAGAUAAAAUAUCCGGGUUAGGUCGGAGUGAAAAUUGGGUUCAGAUCUCGUGAAGCUUUUAGGAUGUUUUGUGAAGUGUGUUUGCUGUUAUGUGAAAAAAAAAAACAACAAGUACAAUACAGGGCCUGAAUGACUCAUCAAGAGCAGCAUCACAAUGUCACAGACUUUGCAGUUGCGUGAUAGAUAGCAGUAUUGAUCGUGUCGUCCACUGGAAUUGUCCCAGUGACUACCAUGCAGAAUACCAAUGCUCUGGCGCUCUGGCAUCAUUUUCCAUGAUGACGCGCCAACAACAUCUCUGCUGCUGCUGAUGAACUGUAUUUCAUUUGAUGGAAAGAGAGAUUACAUCUGUUCACUGAGUAGCACUCAUGUUUUUCUUGUUUUUGUUGUUGUCCAGUGCUAAUUAUAGGGCUGGGCAAAAAACUGAAAAUUUACCGAUACCGAAAUUUACGACAAUAACCAACGUCAUUUUGCCCAUGUCAAUAUUUUAGGGAGUAUGACGAUAUGCUUUUGUCCCGAUCCGAUUCUUCUACGAUUUUUUUGGAUGCAAAUCCGAUUUAAAUUACGAUUCUAUGAUAUUGUCAGUUUCUCGUUUUUUAGUUGGCAUUUUAAAACAGUUGAAUGAUUAUGAUUGUCUACUGACUAUUCCAGGGACCAUAUUUCCCCAAAAAAUACACUUCACAUGUAAGUCAGUUUUUAAGAUUUAUUCUUAAAUUUUGAAAAAAAAAAUUUGAACAAAAAAAUCCAUUUAAAAAUUGCAAAGCAAAAAAUUGCGCUACCUAUGUUAAUCGAUUUUUUUCCAACCCCUAAUAUAUUCAGUUUAAAAAAAUGAAUAAUGUAGGGCUGGGCGAUAAACUGAAAAUUUACAGAUACCGAAAUUAACGACAAUAACGAACAUCAUUUUGCCCAUAUCGGUAUGUAUACACACACACACACACAUAUAUAUAUAUAUAUAUAUAUAUAUAAAAUGAAUAAAAGUUUGUUUUGGAUGUGUGUAGGUAGGCUAUAGUCUCAUGUCCCUUUAAGACGCUGUUCUAUCGUUAUCGAGGUGAACUGCUCAAUAUAUGGUGAUAUUGAUUUAAGGCCAAAUUGUCCAGUCCUUCCAAAGAGGCUGCCUCGGUUCUUAAAUUCAUGUCAAGUUCUCUUGAGUCAAAGUGGACCUCUAUCUCUCUCUAAGAUAUUAUUCUUCUUGAUUUGAUUGAUUUAAGACCAUAUCGUGCAGCUCUAGAAACAUUUCUGCAGCAGUGACGUUGAAGCCGAGACACGAGGAAGUUAGCCAGAUGCAAUCAAGAUACAUUUGUUCUGCAGAAACCCGGUGCAGGUCCAGGUCUACAGGUCACUGCUCCUGUUACGUAUCAGCUUAGAUUUCAAAAAUGCAGUUUCACUUCGUAGGAGACAGUGUUUGUUUGAUGAUUACACAGUGCCACACGUUUCAGCUGCAGUAAAAGAUGAGCUCUUUCAGACGGUAAUAGAAAAGGCUCCAUAUGGUGUCAGACGAGUCGAGGUUCAAGUGAUUCAGAAAUGAAUGUUUCAGGUAUUAGUCGGUUCCCAGGGAGGGGAGCAGAGUUACGGCUCCAGAAAAACUUUGUCUUUUUAUUGCGUCGAAGGAAUGAAUUAGCCUUAGUCUUUAAGUAGGUGGACACGCUGCGAGUGUCAGGACGCUCUUCACGGGUGUCCAUUUUCAGGAUUUAAUGGACACUGCAAAGUCAUCCUCCCAACGCACAGGUUAUCCAUAAAUUCCUGUAAAUGGACACCUCGCCUGGCGUUACCCCUGAUUGAACGCCACCAUGCAUGCGUUGGUGAUAUCCAGGAUGGAGUAUACAUCUUUAUUACAGAUUUAAGUCUGAUAGAAUUUCACAGGCCUGAGUGGGAGAUUCCUAGCUGCGGCGUUGAACUCUGAGGUGCGGGCAUUAAUUGCGGCGUCCUUGUAACACGAGUCCGGAUGAAUCACGGAGGGGAGCCGCUUCCUCUCGGCUCGCGCGCUGUCAAACUGUCCGGGCUCGUGUCUGAGAAAGUGCAGAGGUUUAGCUCUACUUGAAUAGCUGAGUGCUCCCUGGUGUGGAGGCGCAGGCGCGUCUACUCUAAUGAACCCCGUCUUUAAGAGGAAAAGAGAGCGAGGCAGGAUUAACCUCGGACAGCCUGUGCUGUUAUGAUUAUUGAAUAAAAGCGGGAUUGGGUUUUUUAUGUUUUUUGAGUGGCGGAGGAGAAGUUCUGCGAAGAAAAGAGGGAGCAGAGGUGAGGAAAAAAGGAGGGAUGAAGAGGUUUUAUUUUUGGCAGAGUAAGUAAACAGCAGACCUUCAUGCCACGGCUGUUAGUCAAGCUCUAACCUCUCUCAGCUGAUGCAUUUACAGAGCGGCAAUAAUUCCUCAAAUUGAAGCAUACCUUCUGCUUCUCUACAGCUCGGACCUUAUUUAAUGGAUGUCAAUGUCAGGGUAACUGCUGUUUGUAAGAGAAGCAGGUCAAAAUAAUCACUUUGUCGAGAUACAGUUGUCCUUUUUUUGUACACAAAGUUUUAAAAUCGACGAUGUUGUCCCACUCCGUCGCUCUACAUGGCGACUGUUUGAUGUCAUAAUCCCACCGUUCGUCUUGACUGACACGUCGAGUUGAAGCCCGGGUCAUUUCGCGAGGCCAAGUGGACAUUAACGGCGUGACACAAAGUAGCGUGAACGCCCCGUGUUGACACUCAGGUUCAGGCUCUUUCGGGGGGAGCUGCGCUGCAAUAAUUCUCCCAUGUCACAGGGCUAAUCACCCUGGCUCCCCUCCCACAAUCCAUCAGUGUCUGGAGGAUGGGGCUUGCAGGGUUCUGGCAGCUGUUGUCGGGCUGAGUCAAUCUGUUAGGGAGCCAACCCGCGCAGAAGGGGGAGAGGAAGAGCUCUCCGGAGGACACGGCGAGCGGGGCUGCUGCUGCUGCUCCGGCGAGAUAACAAGAGGAUUUAUUUGUUAGAGGGGGCAGGAUUUCAGGGCCUGUGCGCUCACUUCCACUUUUUUUUAACCUUCUAAAUAUUUUAAAUGUGAAUAUUAGCAGGCUGAGGGAGGGAUUCAGUAUUUUAUGAAUAGACAGUAUUUUUUGGGCCAAAAGGAAACAACACAGUCCAGUAGAUCAAACUUUAUUUAACUCAGUUGUGAUGAUAAGUACAGAAAAAUACGGCUUUGAUGCUUAACAAAGUCGUACUCACACAUGUCAAUGGAUUAUUGUGUGUAUUGUACCACAUAAAAUCGGUCAGUAAGCACAACAGCUAAUCAUACAUAAGGCGCACUGUCAAUUUUUGAGAAGAUUUAAGGAUUUUAAGUGCGCCAUAUAGUCCGAAAAACAGUAUAUUUUUUCGAUAACAGACACCGAUUUGACUGACAGGUGAGCGCAGAGUAACUGGACGGCUUCGACUCAAAGUCUUUUCCGGUUUCUAUAUUAGUUUGACGUCAGACUGAGUCAGCAUUUCUAAAAAAAGUGGCCGCCAUUUUUUAGAAACCAAUGAGAGACGUCACUGAACAUGUUCUUUUAGUCCACGCUUCGUCACGCUAAGCCGUGCUGUUGACGUGUCACUUCAGAAAUCUCACGUUUCAAACGGGACAGCAGCAAUUUUCGCCAUACGCCAAUUCCUACCGGAUCCGUUUAUGAGGCGAAUUUAGUGGCGGAUUACGGACAGCAGGAAUCGCAAGAACUCACAAGAACCCGCAGAUUCACGUGCAAUCGCGCGAUAACAAGUUGUCUUUAGCCACAUAGACUAACCAUAGAAGCAGUAGAUUGUGUCCUUCCAGAGGAGGAAAUCUACUUCUAGACUUCUAGAAUCAGCAUCUCCUCAUCCAUGGUGUCAUCGGGGUGAAAUGACGUCUAAAAAUCUUUCACUUGUUCGUCUCCGCCCGUUUGCAUGGUGUGAAAUACGAUCCUCCUGAAACACGGAGUGUUUUAUUUUGAAAAGAAGCCGGAUGUUUUAUUUUGUGUCUGUGCCCGACUUCCUCUCCAGCACAGGUUAAUCUGUGCUGAAUUUAUCCGCCAUGCUCCGGGCGUCCAGAAAAUAUAGAACUCUUGAGAUCAGCUGAGGAGUCCGGCGAUCCGCAGAGGAACGGAAAGAAGUCGGGGGAAAUUGACACGUUGAAUGGUUACCAUCUGCGGCCUUUUUGUAGCUGUUUAGGAUGCUGUUAAAAUUGGGGGUCAGACUUUGUCAGUAUCUUCAAAAACACACUGAUGCAUAUCUGCAUAGGAAACACCAGUCACUAGGGCUGGGUGAUAUGUCCUCAAAUCAAUAUCACGAUAGACAAGAAAUGGAUGAUAACUACUCCACAAUCUGCUCACCCCCUCCCACAUUAACUUCAUCUACUUCAGCCGCUCCAACUUUUGAACCGUCCUCCAUCUCCUCACCUGUCUUUCCCUCUUUGUUACAGACUGGAUGGGGCGGAGUCACGUCUCUGAUGUAGGACAGCGUCUUAAAGGGACAUGAGACCAUAGCCUACCUACACACAUCCAAAAACAACUUUGAUUUAUUUGACAUUAAAUAUAUCUAUAUGGGCAAAAUGACGUCGGUUAUUGUCGUAAAUUCUGGUAUCAGCAGAUUUUCGGUGUAUCACCCAGCCCUACCAGUCACUUUUUAAUCAUUCGUACCAACAUCAUCAGAGUGAUGUGUGUUCAAAUUGAACAAGGACAGAACUCUGUGGAUUCAAACACGCUCUAUUUUCCUACAUGAUUAUCACGGCUUGGUGCUGAUUGUGGAUUUCGCCAAAGUGCUGAUAGCAUGAGGCUGGCGUAGAGUCGGAGCCGCCGCCGCUGCUACUGGGGAGGAAGAACUGGCACAGACCUCAUGAUUAGAUUCAGCGGUCAGAGCAAAUAUUUGGAGUCAUACUUCCAUUUGUGGACCGUUCAGAGCUCACAGCUGCUGCUCACAACUUUGGAGGGCAGACGGAGGAGAGAGGCACAUUCUCAUCCCUCUGACAUUUGUGGAAGCUGACUGAGAAUAUAGGAGGCUUGAAAUCGCAGAUUUGAUGAGUUAUUAUAGCAGGAAACAGCUGCAAACAAAUCUAUUUCAUUCAUGCAUGUGCACUUAUGUAUGUAUCUGGUAUGUAUUUUCUUGCACCUGUUUACGACAGCCGAGCAUAUGCUGUAAACGUUUGUCUGUCGUGUAUUUAUCCACAUUCAUGAGACACCUGAGACUGUGACUGCAGAUUUUGUGGGAUAACAGCUGUUCAUAUCAAAGGUUUCCCUGUCAGCAGCGCAGUAAAUCUGUCUCAUCUGCAGACAGUUGUUCGUUCCCAGGUGUCGGUUCGAUCCCCCGGAGAUUUGACGUGUGCGGUUUUUAAAACACGAGGCUCUGCAUUAAACCGCUUCAUGUGAGAGAAAAACCUGUCGGGGGUGACAGCAUCGUUAAAUAUUAUUACUCAAUUAAGUUCUUGAUCCUGAUUGGUCAAGUCCUACAAAGACGUGAUUAAUUUUGAACAGUAAAAUAUAAGUGCAGUCUGCAGAGAGUGUAUAGACAUGUUAUUAAAUUAAAUUGAUUAUAUAUUUGAUUAUGAAACCGUGUGUCUCUGCCUUGUCAAUAAAGUCAUUUAAGAGUUUUCAGACAUGUAGAGCAAAUAUUUCAGUGUCUGUGGAAGUCCUGUCCAGGCGUAAUCAAUACCAAUCAGUCACUUGGACAAACGUGGAGUUUAUCGACCCCAUCAGUAACACCUGCUCAGGCAUCUGGAGGUGGACACUGACUAAUUCCUGGAACAUCCUUUUGUUACUCACACUCUUAUUGCUUCUGUUUUCCCCAUUUACAUCCAGUGAGUCUUUAUUUUAGUUUACUGAUUGUAGGAUGUAAUAUAUAUUUUUUAUAUUUAUUGAAUUUCCCUUUUGGGAUCAAUAAAGUUCCUCUUAUCUUAUUUAAUAACUCCACCUUGUUUAUAUUGAGGCUGUGUGGGGCUCUUCACCAACAGCUGCCUGGCUUGUGUACUGCAAUAAUUUCUGUGUUUCUGCUUCUGAUGUUUCCACAGCUUUAACUCGGCAAACAGAUGCAGAUUUAUUUAAAAACAUAAAGGUGGAUUUCAUCCUAUUCUCAUCCAAAUAUAACCUUAAAAAUAAGUCUGAAUUUGCUGCAGUAACUCAGUAAAUAUUGAGCACUAACAUUCAUGCAUUUGAAGUAUUAAUUAGAGGUCUGUUCGUUCACAUCAUUUAGAAAAAACUCAAGUCAUUAGCUGCAGUCACAUUAAUUAAAGAAGCUUUUAUGGUCUUUUAGUUCGAUUUUAAAAACAAACUGUGAGUUCUGGCUGAUCUUCAGGUUGUUUUUUUGCAGAGUAGUACAACAUAAUUCAGUCUUAUGUAAUUCUCAUUCCUCACAGGCCUGAUAGAGUUCAGUUAAUACAUCCACCAGACUCUAUUCUUACUUGCACACAGAAAAAUAAAACCUUACCGAGAGAUAGAGGUCUACUUUGACUCAAGAGAACUUGAAGUAGGGCUGGGCGAUAAACCGGAAAUUCACCGAUACGAAAUUUACGACCCUAACCGACGCAAUUUUGCCCAUAUCAGUAUAUUCUGUGUCAAAAAAACAAAUCAAAGUUGUUUUUGGAUGUGUGUAGGUAGGCUAUGGUCUCUUGUCCCUUUAAGACGCUGGCCUACGUCAGAGACGUGACUCCACCCCAUCCAGUCUGUAACAAAGAGGGAAAGACAGGUGAGGAGAUGGAGGACGGUUCAAAAGUUGUAGCAGACGAAGUUAAUGUGGGAGGGGGUGAGCAGCUUGUGAAGUAGUUAUCGUCCAUUUAUCGUUAUCAAGAUGAACUGAUCAAUAUAUCCUGAUAUUGAUUUGAGGCCAUAUCGCCCAGCCCUAACUUGACUUGAAUUCAAGAACAGAGGUAGCCUGUUUGGUCCGAUACAGAUAGACGCUUCAUUUUUUCCUGCCCUCGUUCUUCGUCUUGUUGUUUGCUUUGAGAUUUCAGUGUGUCCCAGAAAAAACUUCAUCACAGACAGAUGAGUAAUAAAGGAGCCUCCCCAAAUUUUGCUUGAGAUCUUGUUUUAUGAAAGGAUGUUUGAUCUGGAAAAUGUAGACAGGCUUAUUUAUUUGAGCGAAAAUCUAAUGUGUUCUUAUAGCAGUGAGGAAAAGGAGGAGAACAGGAUUGUUGUUGCCUCAUUUUUGUGUGAUCUGUAACUAAAAUAAUGUUAAAUUAUUUCUCAGGUUUGUUGUUUCCUCCAGGUUGUAACAGAGAUGUCUGUCGUCUCAGUCUGGUCCGUCCCUUUUCAUCUUUAACCGGAGUAAAUACGAGGACGCAAAUGUUUAAACGAGCACCGUGCGGCAGCCUGUAAUUAGAUCUUUGGUAAUGAAUGGGUCAAAAACCAGUUAAGGCUUUCAGGCACAGAAACUCCCUCCUAAAGAAGGGGCUUGACAGUAAGUUGGCGCUGUGUGUCACAUGUCCCAAUCACAGGACGCCUGUUUGAACUGCGCUGGUGUUCCUCGUUCAAAAGACUCGUGUGUGCGCGGUCGGCGGAUUAGCGGACGUGUUAAUGCGUGAAACACACGAGCUUGUCAGUGCAGCUCAGAGGAGAAGAUCUGAAAUAUCAGUCAGAGAAAGAAACUGUUAAUUAAACCUCUUUAUUUCAAAGGAACCAUUAAGCCAAUUGUUGUUUGAAAGGGAGCAAAUCCACUUCAUCCAGACCGGUUUGGACCGUGACAUGGAUGGAGCCUUUGUGCUGGAACUGUUGGAUAAUAGAUUACUGAUCUGAAGCUUCACAAUCUCUCAUCUUUGUUUCUUUAUAAUUGAUUUAAGAGGGUGGAUUCAAACUGAAGAAGAAAAUCACAGCUGGUCUUAUAAAGUUUCUCCAGAUUUACAAUUUUGAGGAUUCAGACCAAAAAGUCUUCAGGAAAGAUGUGUAACGAGGUGAUACAUCCAGUUAAAUGGAGUCAAUUACACAUCACAGCAUGACGUCUUCAUACACCCCCUAGAGGACAUUUGGAAGAAUGCAGGUUUUCGCACAUACAGGUUUUUAUUCGAAUCAAGACUUCCUGUCCGAACAGCAGCCUUUAGAGAACUCUGCAGAUCCUCAGAGACUACUAAAGGCCCUCACAGACCCCCUCAGCAGCAUCUAUGCACACUUGUCUCAUCUCUAACUCACCUGUCAAAAUUCUUUUCAUGCUUGAAAUGAAGUAUGACCGAGGGCCAGACCAAUGUGGAUUUUUUGGGGCCAAUGCGGAUACUGAUUAUUAGGGGGAAAAAAAUCAGAUUACAGAUUAAUCGGCUGAUUUUUAAAACUUUUUAUGAAGUUUUGAUCAUCUCAGUAAUAUUCCACAUAAUAUCAUGAAUCAAACCCGGGAAAAAAAAACGUUUUCAACUACCGCCCCCCCACUGAUCGGUGCCUCCGCGUCUUAACUCCCGUUCCUCAUUUCCGGUCCGGUCUCACCUGGAGACAUGCAGCUGCCUCAGUCAGAGAAGUCGCUCGAUCACUAAUGUGUACUGUUGUUUAUUCUACCGUUACUGGCACGGCUAACAGUGUAGCGAAGCUAAUAGCAGAUGGAUAACUCUAACUUUAGCUUCACUGUUAACUGGGCGUGACCGAGACCAGCACAGCGGGGAACAUGGUGAAGUGGGUUGAACUGAAACUUGUUGACUUAUUGUGUUUUUCACAAACUGGUUUAUUUCCCGUCGAGGCGGACCACUCUCCUCCGUGCGUUCCUGAGCUGCUGCUUCAGAUCCGUCACUCUGCUGUGCUGUGAGGUAGUCAUGAAAAAAAUUAUAUCGUGAUAAACUUUUUCCUACAUCAACCAGCCCUACUUGUUCGUUUUGAAGGCCUUAAGAUUUGCACAAGUUUGCAUAUACUGGGGCAAAACUAUGAGCAGGUUGACUUGUCUGAUAUUGAAGUUGUCAUCCAGGAGACUAAAGGCCUGAGCUGCUCUGCCUCUUUCACUGCUGAGUCAGCGUUUCUGACAAAGCCACCACCGCCGCCGUUAUCUUCGGGCUUCAGAACUUCUGAGUGAGUGUUUCCAGUUACACUCUCUUGUUCUGUGAAAACUUUUAGCAGCUUCACCUGCAGCUGUUUGAGACUGAGGUGAUCUCUCAUUUGUAGAAGAUCCUCUCCCAGAGAUGGUCAUGUGGAUUAAUCCUGGCUUUUGGACCUCGUUGGAGAAGUUUGAUGACUCAAGUAGCACAAUUAGGACCCAUGUCGCUCCAUCAGUGAAUCUGUAAAAACAGGAAAAAGGAUCUGUAUCGUCGGCAGAAAUGGGCUGAUUUUCUUAAGUCAUAAUUUUGGAGGAUAAUUCGUCUCGACUGGAGCUCCGUUUCUGUCCUCGCUCCCUCUAAUCAAAGAGUAUCAGCACCAACAUCGCUGAUUAAUUCAGGAAGCUCAUCAUCACCAUCAACUUUGUGAACUAAUCAAGAAAGCUAGGUCAGAUCAUUUAUCCUCGGGAUCCGAAAACAAACUCACAUAUCCAUCUGUUAGCGCACUUUAAAAGAAGAUUAGAGUUGAUUUUCCGUCCCUGCAGAUCUGAGAUGUUUCUCUGUGAUCUGAUUUCUUCUCUCUGCAGUGUUUCAUAAUCCAAACAUGAUCGGAGACCAAGUCAGUAUCAGCUUCUUCUGACAUGAAUUCAAUCUCUACAGCGUCUUUCAACAGAGAAUGAGAAAAGUAGGAAUCAGAAAUCAUCUGGAUUUAAAGCAGACUGUGCAGAAGAACGGAGGAAACGCAGCAGGUCAAAUGUUUCUUUUCUGGAGCGAUUAGCCGUGCAUCACUGGAAUCAUCUCACACAUCUGUCUCACAACACAGACUCACAGACGCGAAUCUUGGCGUGAAAGAGACACGUGCGCUUUGGUUUAAAGCUGCAAUAAGGAACUUUUGGGUUUGUGCUUCGUUGGCAAAAAAAGUACCUUCUGAAAGUUGUGAUUUCUGCUUUUUAAGGUCAAAUUUAUGAGUCAUGAAGAUUGUUUUCUGUAAACAAAGUCAGUUUUAGCUGCGCUGACAUUAUAAACUACCAUACAGAGAUAAAUAACCUCCUCCCUGAUGGUUUAAUUCUCUAUUUUAAGGCGGUAUGGCAGAAUUAGUAUCGCCUUAUUCCGCUAACCAAAGGAGCUUUUUAGAUAAAUGGAUAUUUGGCUUUAAACGGGACGUAAUUAUCCAGAAACUAAAAGAAAGGAGGUGAAAUAUUAGUCGUGAGGUGCUAACUUGGUCUCUUUUGUUUUUAGCGAGGAGCAAAAUAACAAUGCAAUUAUCCGCUCCUGGGAAGCCAAGAUAUACUCAAUUAAAUUUCUGCCCGCUGAGUUCCUGGCAAAGAAACGGCGAGUGAAAAUUAAAAAUGUCAGAGCUGGUUUACAGAAGUUGGAGCCCAUUAGAAAAAUGUGCGAGCUGUUGUGUGCUGAAAAACAAGGCCAGGCCUAUGUGCGUCUGUAUGUCUGCCCCCGCUCUAAUUGGCUGUCACAGCCUCAAUUCUCACCAACGCAGCCGGAGUCUCAGCGCGCCGCGGCGGUGCAGGCCCGCUCUUGCCACGGCGGUUUUACAGCUGAUGCCUCGAUGACACAUCAGUUCUCGCCGAAAAGGAGGAGAGAUGAGUUUUUGUUUAUCGUCUCAUGGAGGAUGCUCACAGAUCAGCUGAGAUCCGUCGCCGUUUCAUAACGCUUCUCUGUGUGCGUCCCAUCAGAGUCAGGGUGUCUUUUUUUGGCGCUCUCUCUCUGGUGUAAUCGUUGUCGUACUGCAGGAGGUUGGAAAACACCCAGGCCCAUCUGUCAGUAUGAACUCAUUCCUUCUCCGGCUCUCUUCUCGGGUAACCUCCCUCCGUGUUUAUCUCUCUGUCUCUGCCCGAUCAAAGUAGUGCUCAGCAGUCAUAAAUACACGCCGCCAUCAUCAUCACAAACGCUGCCUGUUGAUGUUUGUCUGCAAACAAGAGGGCGGUGAUGGGUGGGUCGUCUUUGUCUCCUCUGUUUAACGCACACACUCAGAAAUAAAGGUCAACAUGCUCGUAUAUUCUGCGCCGAGUGGGAGGUGGUCCACGUGGAGGGGGAUCGUAAUUGCUUCUGCGUCGGGUCAUCACCACACUGAUGCUCCUGACGACCAUAACGACCUCGCCGUCGUCUCUGCAGCGUUAUUAGAUAAUAAAAGGAGGUACCAGGAAACUUUCACUGACUCUGUUACCUGAAGUCUGUCAGAGUAAAAACACGUUUAAUUUCAGCUUCAGAUCAGAGGAUGAGUUUGUGUCGUUCGCAGUUUGGUCGAUGUAAACACAAGUCAGACUUUACAGUGGGGAGUGGUUUGCUCUUCAUCCGAAAACUGCGAAGUCGCACCAAUUCCCACGAAAUUAUCUCCAUCUUUAUAAACGCCAUGUAUGUUUACACGUGUAUGUUUACCAUAUAUGGUCUGUGUGGGAACUGGGGAGCGCUGCCACAGGUGACCUGGAGGUGCGAAACAUGAUAGAGAGGAUUUUAAUUUUUUAACAUCUUCAUAGUUAAAUAAUCUGAUUAAUCAAUAAAAAUCUGUGCUACACGAUUAAUCGAGUAAACUCAUCCUACACUAUUAAUCGAUAAUAAUCAAUGCUACACGAUUAAUCGAUUAAAAUCAACCCCACAAGAUUAAUCAAUAAUAAUCAAUGCUACACGAUUAAUCGAUUAAAAUCAAUGCUACACGAUUAAUCGAUUAAAAUCAACCCUACACGAUUAAUCAAUAAAAAUCAAUGCUACACGAUUAAUCAAUAAAAAUCAAUGCUACACGAUUAAUUGAUUAAACUCAACCCUACACGAUUAAUCGAUUAAAAUCAAUGCUACACGAUUAAUCGAUAAAAAUCAAUGCUACAUGAUUAAUCGAUAAUAAUCAAUGCUACAUGAUUAAUCGAUAAUAAUCAGUGCUACACGAUUAAUUGAUUUGACUCAAUGCUACACGAUUAAUCAAUAAAAAUCAAUGUUACACGAUUAAUCGAUUAAAAGUGCAGCCCUACUUCAAUCGAUUAAAAUCAAAAAUCGAUGAAUCGUGCAGCCCUACUUGAAAUACUGCAAAGGGUUAAUCUUCUGCGUGCGUAUUGCGGCUCAGUUCAUAAAGUUAAUCGUCUCUCUAUUGGAAGGUCAGAGGUCGUGUUGUCCACACGCUGAAGUGUCCUCGGGCGAGACACUCGAGUGAACAUGCCCACACUUGUAGUGUGUGAAUGGAGUGAUGAGCUCUAUAGAUAGCAGCGUCUCUCAUCAGUGUGUGAAUGAGACAUGUGAUAUAAAAGCCCCUCAUGUGAGCUGUCACUCAGUUUUUUAAGGGGUACAAACACAGACGUCCACUGUUGCAGAUCGAAGAAUUUUAAUUUCUCGACUUGUUUCACCGUUUUUGUCGCAGCAGCCCUGAAGUUUCUACAAAUCUGGGUUUUAAUCCUCUUGAACUGAACUGUGAUAAUAACAGUGUUUUUCACAUUACUGCUCUCAAACCGGGGAGCCGACUCGCUUCUGUUUUUAAACGUAAUAACCCGCUGUUGAAUUAUUUAACUCGCAGUGAUCUGAACAGAGAGGAAAGAACAAAACUGUGACGAUAAAAAGGUCCAGACUUCCAGUUUUGUCGAGUAAAUAAAAGAUGAUUCGUUUUGUUUCGGCCACACUGAGUCUUUUGAGAUAUUUGUUCACCAUGUGACGCUUUAACUCAAGAUCUGAUCAGUCCGUAAUGUAAUUUCACUAAAAGGUACGGUUUUAUAACGACUACAGAAGAAGAAGAACAGAUGUAAACAUCGCUUUUAAUCAGUCUGAGUUUGGUUUUGGUUAUGAUCUAAUUUAUUCAUCCUUCAAUCAGGUUAAAUUCAUAUUCAUUAAGUCUAAGAGGUAAAUUUGACUACUUAGCACGAACGUCUCUCAUCUCCUGUCCUUUGAUUCCCUCCACGAGUGUCUCUCCGCGGCUCUACAGUCACGGCUGUAAUUCGGCGGUACAAAAAAAGGUCCUUGAGAAGGCUCAGUCAGCCGUCUGCAGAUGAGCUGUGAACCAUGGCUGCAGCAGCUGCUCCGCUCACACAGCCCUGUGGCUCCAGCUUUCCCUGCAGCUGCCUCCAUCUCAUCCUCUCCUUUUUUUUUAACAUCUCUGCAGGGACUGUCUCACCUCGAUCCUCUCCAUGAAAUGACAAUUAAUUAUGAGAAGGGUUCUCUGCAAGUACAAUGAGCCAGACUCUCUGAAAGCGAGAGAUGCAUCAGGAUAACCUGGCGUCCCACAGGGCGUGAGUGCAGCGGUUUGGCCUCUGUGUGUGUGAUUACAUUAACAACACUUGAACGCAUCAGCUUGACUUGUGUCCCUCUUUGAAAGUUCAGCUUUAGGCGGCUCCUGCUUUUCUCCGUCAAUUACUCUGCAGAUUUUUUCAUCGGUUUGCUGUUUUGUCUUUGUCUAAUGUCCUCAGAAUUUAAAAAAUAUCUGUACCAUAAAUACAGAAAUAUUGAUUAUCGAUUUCAGGGUUUAUGACAGACGGUACAAUCUUCCUUCUGCAGCAGGGAAAGUUUGAAGAGUCUGACUUCAGAGGAAAAUGUUCAAGGCUGUUGGACAUGAUUUAAAUAAGUGGCCUUGACUUAUCCCACUUAUAUUCAUGCUCCCCAGAGGACAAACCCCACUGACUUUGUGGUCUCUUCUCACGAAAUGAGGACGUCUUUAUGGGACAAAAGUUAAGAGGUUUUUUUUUUAGUUAGAAAUAGUGCUCCCUUAGAGAGACGACAUCAGCUCCAAAAAUGGAUAGAUUAUAAACCAAUAUAUAGAAGUUAUUGUGGAGAGGUUUUAGUACAGAGACAUAUUUAAAGGUAUAAAUAUUCAUUUUGAAUAAAACCAGGAGGACUCAGACUUUUGUUCUGUUGUGUUUUUGCUCUAAUGAAACAGUCACUAAAAUGAGAUUUUUAAGAUUUAAACUAGGUUACAGAAGCGGGUCUGUUUUUAAAUGAUCAUGGUCCCAUAGAAAAGGAAAAACAAUUAGUCUGAAAAACAAAACAAAAAAAAAAACCCUGAAAAAUAGAAAAGUAAAAAAAAAUGGUAAAACACAGAAAAGGAAAAAAAAUUGUCUGCAAACAGAAAAAAAAUCAUCUUAAAAACAGAAAAGAAAAAAAUUGUCUGAAAAACUGAAAAGAGAAAAAAAAGAUUAGUCCAAAAAACAGAAAGGAAAAGAAAAAAUUUCUGAAAAACAGAAAGAAGAAAAAUGUUGUCUAAAAAAAAAUAGUCUUUGGAAAAACAGAAAAGAAAAAAAAGUCUGAAAAACAAAAAAUAUAUAGUAAUGAUAUAAUAUAAAAUAAUUCUUAAAAACUGAGCUUUUUAAUUUAUUAAUUUUUAUUUAUUUAUUUGCAAUAUGCCUCCGUAUAAAGUCAAUCAACCUCACCUGGACUUUGAUUUUUUUCUUCUUAGCGUUGAGGAAACGCUCGUUUCUGAAGCUGUGAGGUUCGGAGGCGUGUCUUGCGUUCUUGUUUUUGCUGUGGGUGUCGGUGUUUUUACAGGGAGAUGCUCUGAAACUGGAACUUGGGAAUACGAGUUGAGUACUUUAAACUUGGAGCACUCCUGCGCCCUCUCCACCCUCCAGUGUUUGCUCUUCAGAUUGAAUAAUUCAUGGUGAAGCUGUCUGACAGAUGACGGACUGAUUUUUCAUAUUUCAUCUUUUAUUUUCAAACUGAUUUCACCGUCAGACGUUGGUCAUGGAGUGGAAAACAGCUUUGAAGCGGCGUGGAAACGUCUGUCAGAAAAAUCAAAGAUCCGUCCUCUGAAUAUUUCAGUCAUCGCUGAAGCUGCAGUACCUCUCUGAGCUUUCCUUAUUAAAAAUACAAGCUGUGUGAUCCUCCAGUCGGCCUUGAAAUCCGUCACUAAACUUCACUGUCUGUCAGAGAGCUCCCUGGGAUCACCUGAAUCUCCCUCCUCUAACUCUGAGACGGAGGAUGCCGGAGCUUUCAUCCUUUCCCCUCAUGAGUAAGGUCACCGAGGAGGAAGACGACGGUUUGAUUGUGGUCGAGUUAAAACCCGUUAUAUUUGGAUGUGAGUUCAGUCGGUGCUUCCUGUUCCUUCAUAAAGGAAUUUCAGGACCGUCUCAGAAAGCUCUGCCAGUGUGCGGAGGGACUGUUCAAACAUUUAUACAAGCGCUCGCCCUCAAACGUCUGGGAACUUGGAAGCGGCGCUCUUGUUUCUUCACUCAGACUUUGAGCUGCGCACCUGCUUCGCUUUUUCUUCCGACUUCAGAUGAAGAUGUUUUGCCCGGAGCUGCUUUGUUGUAUCAAACACAACACGGCGGCGCUUCUCUGCAAACACGCCCGUAAUGACGUUACCGCUCUUAUUAAAUCUGCUCUGCCACUUUUCAUCCCUCUAAACUGAGUGAACACAGCGAGCUGCUACACUGGCGCAGUCCGGGGUUAUUCAUAGACCUGGCCGCUGUUUUGCUGACUCAGUCAUUGGUGCUCGCCAUGUGGAGCGAAAGGUUUUCUAUGUGGGUCAUUUAGGAGGCGGCUGUGCUGAUGGGAUGCAGGAUUCUGACCCUGAUAAAGGAGCUGGAUCACGUUUAAUUAAUAUUAGUCUUAUCUAAGGAAUAGCAGUAACAUUAUAACAUUAUAAGCCAUGCCAGUCCUGUUUUAGUGUUUUAUGGUUUGUUUUUAGUUAUUUGUUUCUAUGUUUUUAAAUUAGUUUUUAAAAAAAUAUUGAAACUAUAUUUUACUUUUAAUUCUGCUUUUAUUUUAUCCAUUGUUUUAAUUGUUUUUUGAUUGUUUUUUAUCUUGUUGUUUUGUCUAGUUAUGUACGGCACUUUGUUCAGCUGUGGUUAAGUGCUUAACAAAUAAAGUUGAGUUGAGUUGAGGGCUUGACACUAACUUUUUUACCCAGGAGUAUAAAUGCUCCUAAGUUGAAAAAGUAAGGAGCACACAAAGAACUUGAUAAUGUGUGUCCUCUUGGUCGACAUUAGUCGUCAAUAAUUCACACAACAUGGAAGCUAUUGAAGAAAAUGUUAAAAAUUUGCCUCUAAAUUAAACAAAAAAAUUUUUAGAGGACGAAUUAGGGAAAUAAAAAGGUGUAUCUUAUUGGUCGACAUAAGUACUAUUAUUUAAAGUCAAUUUUAGGUCUUUUGGUCACAUGACAUGGAAGCUAUUGAAGGAAAACAGUCUUUUUUGGAAAAAUCAACCAGUAAUUUGUUGACGGUCCCUUGUUCAACACCAACGUUGACAGUGAGGGUGUCGAGUAGAUUUAACCGCGCUGCUGUUGUUAUUCCCGGUUAUGGAGAGUGAGAAGACACCGGUAGAUCCUCAGAGAAUGUCCGUCAGAUAUCCAACCUAAAACUAACUUCACCGACGUAUUUACAGGAAAAUAUAUCCAACCUAAAACUAACUUCACCGCCGUAUUUACAGGAAAAUAUAUCCAACCUAAAACUAACUUCACCGCCGUAUUUACAGGAAAAUAUAUCCAACCUAAAACUAACUUCACCGCGGUGUUUACAUGCAAAAAGAUUUGUUGCCUCAGCUGAUUUUUUUAAUGUGCAUGUGACCCUAAAUACAAUUUGCACACAUCGGAAAUCGGAAUCGUGAAACGGUCGCAUUGUUGAGCCCUGCAUGCAAUCAUUAAGUGCUGCAGAAAUGAGUCCAAACAUGAGUUUUUGGAAACACUUAAAAUCACUUAAAACUUAUUCUCGUUUCAAACCAGUUUAAUGCAGAUUAUUACCACCUUACAGAAAUCUCUAAUCCCUUUGGCCUUUAGCGCUCUGCUCUCUGGUGGUUUAAUGUAAAGCUGUUUGUUAGGACUGUGAUCUCUGAGGCAAGGACAGGCAUGUCUGUGUGGAAGUGCAAAUAUUUUCACAGCUCGCUCUCGAACCUCGGCGGCGUUUUUGUGCCUUUAGCUUACAAGUGGUAAUGGUUUAGACGGCAGCUCUGUAGGUGCUGAACACCAAACCUCCUCUCAUCUUCAUCAUUGAUCCCUACAAAGGAAGUCCAGCUUCGUCGGGGCGGUCCUGAAAGCCGUCAGAUUAAGCCCAGAGUGGCGGCAGAAAGGAGGUGACACUCUGCAGAUUAGAAAGCUGCAGCAGAAGAGAUUGAGAUUUAGUUUCUAUCUCUCUCUGUUUCCAACUCGCAACCACAGGCAGAGCUUUAAAACCAGCAUGUUUUUUUGGCUCCAGAUUAGGCUUAGCUGCAGCGUUUGCCAACAUCUGUCUGCCAUUACCCCUGUGACACUGGCAGUCAUGCAGCAAUUAAUCAAGCGUUGUGAUAGUCCGCCACUCCCAGGCGCUCUGCACCUCGGGCACAUGACUGAGCAGCAGCAGCAGGGAGAGGAUCAGUGUUUGCAGGGUCACCUGUCCUGGGAGGUUUCACCGUGUACGGUACACCUCCAGACCCUCUGUGAUGGUUUCUGUGAGGGACCAGAGCCUCAAUAUCUGACUCUGAUGCUAAUAAUAUACUGUAGUUAUACUUUUGUAUUUAUUGCUUGAUGAUGCUAUUAAACAGCUUUUUAAAAAUUCAAAUGAGAUAAUGCAAAAGUAUAUGCUGCCUUCAUUUUUAAUUCAGCUACUCAUCCUGACGAGGCUUUAAGGUCUCGCAUGAUGACAGGGCUCCACAGUGCGACCGUUUCACUCACAUUUGCGACAAAAAAUAGAUGUGUGCGAAUUGUAAAAUGUAUUUAGGGGCACACGUGCGCAUAAAACAUUAGCUGAGGCAACAAAUGUUUAUUCAUGAAGUUAGUUUCAGGUUGGAUAUCUGACGGACAUUCUCUGAGGAUCUACCGGUGUCUUCUCACUCUCCAUAACCGGGAAUAACAACAGCAGCGCGGUUAAAUCUACUCCACACCCUCACUGUCAACGUCAGUGUUGAAUAAGGGACCGUCAAUAAAUUACCUGUUGAUGUUCUCAGAAAAGGCUGUUUUCCUUCAAUAGCUUCCAUGUCAUGUGACCAAAAGACCUAAAACUGAUUUCAAAUAAUAAUGAAAACAUCAAAACUGAAAUAGACUUAAAAAUACUUAAGUAGAUUUGAGCUUUAGUUUGAAAUCUACGUUUUUUUAAAAUAGAGGUUAAGGAAGGUGAUAAUGCUGUCCAGCUUAUGCCAUAAUUGAAUGUAAAUCUUUGCCACAAGGGGGUGACAAAGUCAGCACAAACCAAAAAUUGCUUACAGCAGCUUUUAAGGAAAAAAACUACAAAAUUUCCUGCUUCUAAAAUUGUGUGUUAUUUUUAGUUAAAUAUUGUUGUAAAUUGGACGUUUAUAGAGGGCGGCACAGUGGUGUAGUGGCUAUCACUGUUGCCUCACAGCAAGAAGGUCCUGGGUUGGAAUCCGACUCAGGGCGUUUCUGCGUGGAGUUUGUAUGUUCUCCCUGUGUCUGCGUGGGUUUCCUCUGGUUUCCUCCCACAUCCCCAAAACAUGCCUAAGUGGGGUUAGGUUAAUUGGCCACUUCUAAAUUGCCUGUAGGUGUGAAUAUGAGCGUGGAUGGUUGUUCGUCUCUAUAUGUCAGCCCUGCAAUGAACUGGCGACUUGUCCAGGGAGUCCCCUCUCUUUGCCCGAAGAUGCUGGGAUAGGCUCCAGCCCCCCCGCGACCCUGGAACGGGAAUAAGCGGUAGAAAAUAGAUGGAUGGACAUUUAUAGAGCAGCUUCUGCUCUACCAGUUCCUUGAAUGUCCACUAGAGGCUGGCUGCAAAACCACCUGAAGCCGCACACUCACUCAAAAGCAAGAAUGCAGAAAGUGACUUUUUAUAGCUCUGGUUUUAAGGAUAUCAAGGUUACAAAUUUUGCAUCAUGAGGACAGCGGAGAAGUCACAUGACAGACUUACUAUGAGCACGUGCAGUAGUGACAUGACCGGAUGGUUUUUAGACACUGUUGUCCAGAUAAACUUGGCGGGUACGUGUGCAGACUGCAUAUCUAAUGUUUACUUUUAGUGUCUAUCUCUGCAGUGUUGGAGAGUGAAAAUUAAAUGUAGUGCAUCUGCAGAAGAAGGUGAGAUUCAUGCACUUUUAAGUUACCAUGCAAAUGCAGAUUAAACAUAAUUUCUAACUCUUUUACAGGAACUAUUGAUUACAUACUGUUUACAUCCUGAGGCUGUGCUCUAUCUGCACUCUCUCUCCUCUCGUCUCUGUAUUUACUCUGCUGUCGUCAGAGCGACAGGAAAUACAGGAUGUAUAAGCAGGAGGGGGAGAUUUGAUGCGAAGCAGAAAACAGAUGGAAAAAUACACAAAAAAAAGAAAAAGUAUCGUUGGAAUUCUUAUUGUUUCUAAGCUCUCGAAAUACGCUGCAUUUAACCGUCACAAAUUCUCAUAUUGUCAGACGUAUGACAGGAAAGCAGAGGUCUGAUAGUACGAGAGGUCGAGUGUUCAUUCAGACAGGCAGCUACAACAAGAGGGACAAGUAGCAGCAUGAUGUCGGUCAUUUUGGGCGAGAUAGAGACACGUGGCUGUCAUGUGAUUGGCUGGUACACUUCCUCAUUCCUCACCUUGACAGAUCCACACACAGACACACACACAUUUGGGACAUGCACACACUCGGCCGUUCGCCAGCUGAACAGCAGGGUGAAGUUUUUCAGGCCCAGUCGGAGGGGGAGUGGUAACCGUUAAACAUCAGUAAUGCCAGUCACAUGGAAGCAGCAGGGAGGAGAGAUUACAUGAUUCAGACAGGAUGAAAGAUGUUUGUUUUGUUUUUUUUAGAGAUGCUAUCUGUCUAGAGUUUGAUCCAACCAGGCUGUUCUGGAAACGUUUCAACCACAGAUUGUUGGAUUCAGCAGCAGAGGGAAGGUAAACAGAGGCUCGCUCGCUCACUCCUCCAUCCCUCAGGCCUCUGCGGCAGUGUCACCCUGAACUGCACACCUUUAAUCAAAGUUCACCCUCGCUGUUGUGGCUUUAGUUUGAGUCUGAUAAGGACCGUAUCAGUUUGACAUCCGCAGGGCUUGUGCUUCGGUGUGAUAUCUGGCUUUAAGCCCAGAGAGCAGAGCGGCUGCUGCUGGUGGAGAGAAAUGAUCUGUGUAGAAAUGUAGAUGGUGACGUAAGAGUCUGUAAACGCCGCUUAAAGCAGAGCUGAUAUAACGCCCGGUUUUGUUCGUAGUAGGGCUGCACGAAAUCCUGAUUUUUGUCUCAAUUUUCGAUUUUUUUUUCACUUCACUUUAAAAAUAAAACAUCAUCGGAAACAUCAUCACACGCUCAAGCCAAACGCGGGCUGUCGGCAGAAAAACCCAGACAAAAACGAUGAUGUUUCGCAGCCAUAAGUAAUAACCAAUUGGAGCAUUUCUAGCCAAUCAGAGGCGAAGGAGGGCGGGACCUUCCUCUGCCAUCGUUCAAAAAAAAAAAAUUCGCAUGCAGGCGCCAUAAAAGAGUUACGCUGUGUGUCACAUGAUCGUUUCCAGAGAUGCAGAUAGACAUCCACACGGAGAUGAAAUGAUCGUCGUUUACAGAUUCAUGCUCUCUCGCUUUUAACAUCGUCAUAAUCAAAUAAUCCGAUUAAUCACUUAAAAUCAAUUAAUCGUACAGCCCUACCUCAAGAAUUAAAACAAAAAUAAAACACAAGUUCACAUCAGAAGUCGCCUUUCUCCCUCCUGAGCCUGUAGACGACCGCUCAGCUCAGCCUCUGUUUUCUCGGAUGCUGAGUAAUUUGAGUCGGUGACAAAGUCUGGAUGCAGACGGAGGCCUUUUAAUGAAAUUUGCUGGAGGUGUUGGCGUGCAACAGCGCGCAGUUUACCGAGCGAUGGCUCUCUCUUGUUGUUUUUCUCUUUAAAGUCGAGGAAAUGUGAAGAAAGAAGCCGCCUCUGGUAAUCUGAAACGACGAUGAAAUACAGGAGGAGCUGCUGCCGAGCGCGGCUUUAUAUCAACACUUUAAAUAUGGAAAACUCGACUACGUGACUCCAGGACUCUUCAUCCGUUCACCUCUUGUGUUUAUAUUUUUGCGAGGAAGUGUAUUAAAGUCUGGCCUUCUUUGUGUCUUUCAGGUGUUCGCUUCGAGACGAGAGAGAAGAUUUCAGAGGUCCUGGUGUUUCAGAGAAGAACCACAAAAUGAGGACGUCUCAGAAAGUACCUUCAGGUCGACCCGAGAGCCUCUCUGACCCGUGAGCGGACAUGUUACCCCUGAAUCACCCCUCCCCUGAUGUGGGACUUUAUUUUUGAUAUGGAUUAGGAAUAGAGACGUGAAGAGCAGACAUGGCAUUAGAUUCUGAGAGUUUUCACAGAUCAGGAUUAGAUUCAGACGAGGCUGAGAUCCACCGGACUCUUUAAGAGGAGGAAACAGCCUCAGAUGACCUUUAGAGAAGGACGCCGCUCCAGCUCAGCUUUGAUGAUUUAGUAUCCAUCCAGCCGCCUCGCUGACAAGGUCGAACCAUGGCUGCUGCUGAUCCCCAUAGCAACUGUUCCCUGGUGGGACAAGGCGCCGACUGAGAGAGUCAACAAUGCAGCGGAACGGCGGUGGGGUCGGUGCCGGCGGCCAGCCAUGGGUGUUGCGGCGCGUGCGUCUCACGUGGCUCAGUUUCAUGCUCUUCUUCAUCCUGGUCUUCUUCCCGCUCAUCGCUCAUUACUACCUCACGACCAUAGACGAAGCCGGGGGUCCCGACAAGCGUAUCUUCGGUCCUCGGCCCGGCGGCGAACUGUGCGAGGCCAAACACGUGCAGGAUCUGUGCCGCAUCCGCGAGUCGGUCAGCGAGGAGCUGCUGCAGCUCGAGGCCAAGAGGCAGGAGCUCAACGGCGAGAUCGCCCGACUCAACCUGCGCAUCGAAGCCUGCAAGCGCAGCAUCGACAGCGCCAAGCAGGACCUGCUGCAGCUGAAGAACGUCAUCAGCCAGACGGAGCAUUCCUACAAAGAACUGAUGGCGCAGAACCAGCCGAAGCUCUCCUUACCCGUCAGGCUGCUACCAGAUAAGGAGGACCCGGGACUGCCGCCGCCAAAGUCCUCGCGCUCCUGCCGCCUUCGCUCCUGCUUUGAUUACGCGCGCUGUCCUCUCACGUCUGGAUUUCCUGUGUACGUCUACGACACGGCGUCCUACCCGUGGGGGGACCACCUGGACCCCCUGGUGAAGCAGGCUUUCGCCGCGUCAGUGAAGAGCAACAUUUAUGUCACUGAUAACCCCAGCAUCGCCUGUCUGUACCUGGUGCUGGUCGGGGAGCUGCAGGAGUCCGCCUCCUCUCCUCUGCCGCCACCUUCAGAUCUGGAGAAACAGCUGAAGGCUCUACCUUACUGGAGGUCAGACGGACAUAAUCACGUGUUGGUGCACCUCUCCAGAAAGUCUCUGACACAGAACUUCCUGUAUAAUGUGAGCACAGGGCGGGCGGCCGUGGCUCAGUCCACCUUCCUGGAGCAGCAGUACCGCGAGGGCUUCGACCUGGUGGUCUCUCCUCUGGUCCACGCCCUCUCAGAGCCGAACUUCUUAGAAGUGCCGCCUCAAGUUCCCGUGAAGAGGAAAUAUCUCUUCACCUUCCAGGGAGAGAGGGUGGAGUCACUGAGGAGCAGCUUACAGGAGUCUCCUCCUCAGUCUUUUGAGGAGGAGAUGGAAGGAGAUCCUCCAGCGGAUUAUGACGAUCGUAUUAUCGGGACCUUAAAGGCGGUUCAGGACAGCCACCUGGACCAGGUCCUGGUGGAGUUCACCUGCAAAAACCCACAGCCCAGUUUGCCGACGGAGUGGGCUCUUUGUGGAGAAAGGGAGGACCGGCUGGAGGUGCUCAAAGCUUCGACCUUCGCCUUGGUGAUCGCUCCAGGUGACGGACAGGUCGUGGCGUCAGCCGGCUGUGGGAUGAGGCUCUUCGAAGCCUUGGAGGUUGGGACCAUCCCGGUCGUGUUGGGGGACCACUCCAGACUACCGUACCACCAGUUUAUCCGCUGGAGUGAGGCCGCCAUCUUAGUCCCGAAGCCUCGAGUUACAGAGCUUCACUUCCUGCUGCGCAGCCUAUCAGACAACGACAUGCUCGCUAUGAGGCGGCAGGGCCGCUUCCUGUGGGAGACCUACUUCUCCACCUCUGAAAACGUCCUCAACACCCUCUUAGCCAGCAUCAGGACCAGCAUCCAGGUUCCUGCAGCGCCCAUAAAAGAGGAACCCGCCCAAGAGAUCCCUCACAAGGCGGGGAAGCUGGCAGGAACUGAUGCCAACCUGGCCGACAACGGUGAUCUGGAUCUGGGUCCAGUCGAGACGGAGCCCCCUUACGCCUCUCCGCGUUUUCUCCGCAACUUCACGUACACAGCUGCAGAUACCUACAGAGCGUGGAACCGAGCUCCUGGACCUUUCCAUCUGUUUCCUCACACUCCUCUGGACCCGGUGCUGCCCUCUGAAGCGAAGUUCCUGGGCUCUGGUACCGGCUUCAGGCCCAUCGGUGGAGGUACGGGGGGCUCAGGGAAGGAGUUCCAGGCGGCUCUGGGGGGGAACGUGCCGCGGGAACAGUUCACUGUGGUCAUGCUGACGUAUGAGAGGGAGGAGGUGCUGAUGAACUCUCUGGAGAGGUUAAAUGGACUUCCGUAUCUCAACAAGGUGGUGGUGGUGUGGAACUCACCAAAACCUCCUUCAGACGACCUUCUGUGGCCCGACAUCGGCCUUCCCAUCGUGGUGAGUGCAUGACGACUCUUUCUAGAGUUUGAAUACAUCCUUUUCUUUACAGCUGUUAUAAACUCUGUUGGUACCAUUCAGUAUUUGGCGUCUCCGUCUUCGUGGAAAUGUCUAACAGAAGUGAUCUUAACUCCUGCAGGUCGUUCGCACAGAGAAGAACAGCCUCAACAACCGUUUCCUGCCCUGGGACGCCAUCGAAACAGAGGCCAUCCUGUCGAUAGACGAUGAUGCACAUCUGCGCCAUGAUGAGAUCAUGUUCGGGUUCAGGUAUCUAUUUUUAGAUACAUUCUGUUUUUAAAAAUAAAGUAAAAAUUUGAUUAACUUGAAUGAAACGUUAACGUUCAUCUUUCGAAAGUGCAGAAGCAUCAGACAGAAACUGAGCAGCUGUUGGUGCUUUGUGUUUAUGAUUCAUGCUUUAAUGCUGUUGUUAGCUAAGCUGGUCUCAAAGGCCGUGUUUAACCCAAGUAAAUGAUUGAGUUAGCUGUUAUGUUAUUUUGUGCGCCACCUUUUCCUUUCGCUGUUUUUUUCGUUGCUGCAUCAGCUUGUCUAAACAGGCAGAAAUCGACUCUGAGUGUGAACUAGGGGUGGGCGAUUUGGAAAAAAAUUUCACAUCACGAUUUUUUUGGCAAAAUCACAACUAUUUUAUCACCAUUUUUCCAAGGGGUGGGGGGGCUGAAAACUAUAAAUAAAUAAAAUCAGAUGUUCAGAUUUUAACAACAAACAGCAUAGCGUUUAUUUUAACUGGAUGGUCUCGUUCUUGAAUAACUUUGAACCUAAAAUAAGACAUCACACACAAGAGUCAAUAUUUACAAAAAUGAAAGGUAGUUUUAUAGUCUUAAAAAUAAUAUAAAUCACUUCAAACUAAUUUACAAAACACAACAUAUAAAGAACUUUUUCUUUUCUAUUUCUCUCUUUUCUUUGGACGUUCCUUUGUUUUUGGUCACAACUAAACAGCUCAAAAGUCUCCUCUCUCUUCUGCAGUUACUUUUAUCAACUUAUAAAACUCAUAAAUUAAAAUGUGCUCUUUUAACGUCCAAAAUUUUGAUCUGAGAGGGCAAGAAAUGUAUUUAGACACGUGUUAGGGAUACAAUGCGCACUACAGACAGUUCUACGAUCUCUGUAAUUUGGCAGAUCGUCGUCACUUUAUAAUCCUACGCAAUCUAAGAUUGUCAGGUCGCACACCACUAGUGCGAACGGGGUCAAUCGUCAUGAAUGAUCUCUAACUCGCCCAGAAUUACCCAGGAAGAGAUGAUCCAUCACACAGCAGCUGAAACUCGAACACACACGAGCACAGACAGGAUAUCAGAUCAUCAAAUCUGACGUCUCUCUCUUUGGUCCGAGGCUUUGUUGUAGGGACUGUAAAUGUGUAAAUAUGAGCCAAGAGUGACAAGUCUUAUUUUGAAUAUCUUAUUAAAACUGUCACAUGGAGCUGAAGGAGACAACAGAGCACUUACUUAAUUGCUCCCAAGCGGCUCGUCGUUGUCACAUUGCUCACAUCGCGGCUGACAAGUUGAAACAGAUGGAUGAAAAAGCUCGGCAUAUGCGCAAACAGACUCUUGGAAACCGAAGAAGUAACACAAUCGGCAAAUAUUUAUUAACUCUGUCCGGUUAGUUUGGAUAAAUCGUUCUGUGAUGAAAAGUUCUGCUCACUGUUCGUCUCUCAGAGUGUGGCGAGAGGCCAGAGACCGCAUCGUGGGAUUCCCGGGCCGGUAUCACGCAUGGGACGUCAACCAUCAGUCCUGGCUCUACAACUCCAACUACUCCUGCGAGCUCUCCAUGGUCCUGACAGGAGCGGCGUUCUUUCACAAGGUCAGAUCACGUGAAAACGACGAAGCUUAGACAGGCUGAAUGAUCGCCCCUCUUAGAGCCGUCACUCACGUGUCCCGUGUGUUUUUAUAGUACUACGCCUACCUGUACUCCUACGUGAUGCCCCAGGCCAUCAGGGACAUGGUGGACGAGUACAUAAACUGCGAGGACAUCGCGAUGAACUUCCUGGUGUCCCACAUCACACGGAAACCUCCCAUCAAGGUCAGUUAUUCCUCCUCCUCCUCCUCUUUAGGUCUGUGUGUGUUCAUACUUGUGGUCAGCAGUCGACCUCACCGUUACUCAAAGCGACACGUUCGGUUUCCCACACAAACUGAAUCAACAGCGUGUCGUGAAGUUGGUGUUUCAUGCUUCUUUCUCUGCCUCUGGGUUUAUUUUAUUGGAAGCACAUUUAUUAGCAGAGUGCAAAUUUAUGGGAGGACAAAUUACUGGAACAGGAAAGUCAUUGCAGCCCUCGGUUUACGCUCAUUCUGAUUUAGCGGGAUGUUAAUACUCGGGGUGUUACACGGAGGAAUUAACGACGUCUUUGCUAACAUAAAUAAUAAUGAAUUAGGGACGAGUUUGAACAUGGAGUCCUAAACUGUGUCUGUGUUUCUCUAAGACAAAUAAAAGUAAAAAUAAACGGCUUUAAAAAUGUUAGUUUAGCUGAUUUACAUCGUUCAAACUCCACCUGUGCAUUUUCUCUUAGAUUUAACGAACUGUAGCUAUCGAGCUCAUUAAGCUGAAAUUAGAUCCAAAUUUGAUCUGAAUCAUGAAUAUCUGAGGUUGAUCUGUUUCAGAGGUUUUUCACAAGGACAGUGUCUUUAUUUAAAUCUGUCAAAGAGAGGAUACACAAUCGAGAGCUAGUUUGUGGUUUGGUCUGGUGUUCUGGAUCAUGCAGGGUCGAGGUGAAGCAUGCAGGUCUUAAAGAUCAGCCCUGAAUCGAGGGUAGAGUCAUUGAUCAUUGCACCUUUAAAUUAAAGUAGGACCGGGACUUGAACCACAGUUCCUGUUAAUUUGAAGCUUUAUCCAGUCUACUGUCUCCAAAACGGACAUGCAGGUAAGUGCUUAGAAAAUAAUCAAUUUUUAACAUUUUGUCUUAUUUUUUUUAACACAUUUCUCUAAAACAACUUCAGCCCUAAACAUUAAAAAAGUAAAAAUCGAUGUAUUACCCUUUUUAUGCCAGUUUUUGUGCAACAUGUCAUAUAUAUAUUUAUAAAGUGUUCGUUCUGAACAGCUGAGUCUAUUGGAGCUGGAAAAACUCACCAAUUCACCUCCUUUUUCUCGAGACGCGCCCUCUACCAAAUCAAAUGCGAUCAAACUCUACAGGUGACACAGAGUUUUUUUUUUUUGUUGUUUUAAUAUGAAGGAAAAUAAGAACUCAACAAAUUUGAUGCCCCAGUCUUUAAAAAUGUGACUGUCAGCUCAAAAUAAAGAUGAAAAAAAAUGACAAAUGUCCUCAAAACAGACUAAUUUAUUACAGUAAUAUUAUCUUGUUAAAAAUAUGAACUCAUAUUAAUCAGAUUAAUCAUUAAUAUUAAUCCUACUGUAUUUUUGCACUGGGGAAAGUUUCUAACUGGACGAGUUUCUGCACUUUAUAGCACAAAAAAAGCACCGAUCUGUUGGUCUUGGUUAAGUAUCACUUUGAAAAGUAAACAAGGUUUUGUUUGUUUAAGCUUAUGUGUUCAUUCAGUUCACUAUUCAUUGAUUCACUCGGAUACCUUUUUAAAAAAAAAAAAAAAGAUUCUCACUGUUCUCAGGUCAAAUAUUCAUAUGCGAUAAAAAUGCGAUUAAUCACGAUUAUUUAAUUACAAAGCCUCUGAUUAUUUAGAUUAAUUUUUUUUAAACGAGUCCCAGCCCUAAAUUAAAGAGAAAAGACUCAGGUAUGUCCUCAUUAGGGGGAGUGUAGAUGUUUGCUGCCACCUUUGCACCCGCCAACAUGCCCAUGGGCGCCAAGGCGGAGGUUAUCAUCUAAACCAUUAGGCACUGGUAGCUGAAGUGAUGAGCGCAUCAGGUGAAAAAUUACCGUGACACUUGUGCUGCAGGUUAGUAAAUUCAGCAUCUAUAGACAAGUUUUCUUUGUUUUUAUCUCAGGUAACAUCUCGAUGGACUUUCCGCUGCCCCGGCUGCCCUCAGGCCCUCUCACACGACGAUUCCCACUUCCACGAACGACACAAGUGCAUCAACUUCUUCGUCAAAGUCUACGGCUACAUGCCGCUGCUCUACACGCAGUUUCGCGUGGACUCUGUGCUUUUUAAGACCCGUCUACCCCACGACAAGACCAAGUGCUUCAAGUUCAUCUAGCGUCGGGCUGAGCGGCACAACGAAGAACUGGAGUUAUCCGAAAGAACAGCAGCUCCCACAGCCCGGCGGAGUCAAUGGACGGGUGGACUGUGGGGUUAAAAAGCACAGGAGUCGAGUUUUUAUGUUGGGAGGAUUAAAAAAAAAAAAGACAGUCAGACUUUAUAAGCUGUUGGUUUGUGGUCUCAUCCACGACUCUAAAGAGAGGAAGCUGAAAAGGAACCACUGCCAACAAAAACCCGCCUUUUCAGUCGAAGCCCCUCCUCCUUUUUCAUGACCUCCAAUCACGCUCUUCAUCAACCACUACAGAUGUCAUUUGCACCUCUGGAUGUCCUGCUGAGGAAAGAGGGCGCUUGUACACAGUGUACAGAAAGUCUAAACGAACCCUACCUGACUGUGGAGAUCAUGGUUACCGCAUCACUGACAGACUCGAUGGACGCAGGAAGAAAGGCGGCGUCCGCAGGAUUCAGCGGGAGAGCUUCGGCGGCGAAGGCACACGGCCGCCACUGAGUUUGUUUUUUCAUUUUACGGUUACAAACUGUACUUCUUGUACUUGAGAGAAGCACUGACGGUCAGAAGUAUUUUAUUGAACUCUUUCUUUUUUUAAUAAUGUCGUUAAAUGUGUAAAAAUCUCUGAUGUGGACUCAGACAGAACCUCAAACCCAAACAUGUUCAGUAGAGUUCAGUGUUCAAGAAGGAAUUCACGUCAGCGCUCACCAUAAUGCCUCGACUUUAUCAUGAAAACCAGCCGCCACCGUUUUUGUCACGUAGUUGUUACCGGAUCUGCAGAGUGUUUGGAACGGUCGAUUUUUACGCCACGGGAAGUUAAAUUAUGUUUGUAAAAGAAAAAAAAAGUCGACACAUUAACGUGCAAAACUGCAAAACAAUUCAAGGUUAUAGUGUCGUCCAAUCAAGUCAAGAAUAACUGCCAAAAUCAGCGAAAAGUAAUUCAGAAUUUUGUCGUGCUGUUAGAGAUGUUAGCGUUAAAAUGGGAAGUUUGACUCUUUGGGACGAUCUCUUAUUUGCUGUUUUUUAAUCAGUCUGUUGAAUUUGAACCCACAUCCAGACGCAAAUCAGCCCAGCUGAGCGCAAAGACGGCGGAGACACCUGACCAAAGGCGACAGCAUCAGCAGAUAAGCGCCCCGCCCUUCGUUUUGAACUUCCCUCCGUCGCCCAUCGACACUCUGGUUUUACAGCGGAUAAGUGUUUCGUUCGUCCUGCCAUGUUCAUUUCAAACUCCUGUGAAGAACCUCCCGAUCUUAGACAGAAACGUCACUUUACGGUGUCGCCAUAUUGGUUUCACUUUGUGUUUUUUUGUUUUAAUGCUUGAUGAAUGUUUUCUUUGCCAAAUCGGUACGACGUCUGCUGCUUUACAGAUUAAUUUGCAGAGUGUGGAAAGUGUGAGUGAAUUAAAAAAUAAGAGAGGGGUGCAGAUUGGGGACACCUUGAUCCGUUCUGCAUGGUACUUUACCAAGAGUCAAUCCAUCAUGUAUUAUAAAUCCAAAGGCUUUUAUUUGUCCUCGUCAGAGUUAAUCUGUAAUCCGAACAAAAGGAUGAAAAAAAUCCCUUUUAAAGACGUCGUUAAGAAAUUAGAUGUGAGGAUACUUUUAUGAGACUAAACCUUUCCACUCGAUGGUUCCUGUAUAUUUAUUGAGUAUAAUAUCAAAAAAGUGCUUUUUUAAACUGGUGAUGAUAUAAUUAAUAAAAAGGCGAGAUAUUGUAGUUUAUUACUUCUAAUGAUUUGCAGGAGUUGAUUCAGCAGUCGGUUCAGGGAAAACCUGUUUGUGCGGCUGAAUAUACGAGGAGGGGUCUCCAGAUCUCUGGGGUUUCAUUCCUGAUUAUCUUCUUUUUAAACUCUAAUCCACUCAAACUAAAUUUGCACUUUUGUUGCACUAGACCUAAAAACUGGCCCGGCUCCAGACCGCAUCAUCCCAUCUGAACACUUUUAUUGGACCUCCAGGGGCCUCAUAAUUACCCGGCUGCCUCUGAAUCAGUCUUCAGGGCGUAAACGGGGGUCGGCUCAACCUUUUUUUGAAGCUCUAACCUCCCAUUCUUCUGGUCCCGGGUUUCCCCCCCUCCGAGGCUCUGCUGCACAGCUGGUUUUCCAUGGCCCGGAGCAGGACACGUUUCCCUGGAAGGCUGCCGUCAGUCACUAUUGUCGGGUGUGAGGGGUUGUAAAACUAUGUGCUCCCGGGUCUAGGCGAGACUCCAGCCACUUGAAAGUUCUCCCAGACUGAUGACGGCAUGAAACAAACCAUUGAAGGCUAGAAAAAUGGAAAUAAAAACUCUCCACGUUUUUAAAACCCUGUCCCGCUCUCUGCCUCAUUUUAUAUGUAAUAAUAACUGGAUUUGAAAACAGAAAUGUAACACACCUCUGUGAAGACUCCUGCAGGUCUGAGUCCAAAGAGAUGAAACUGUUUACAGCCUCUUUGAAACUCUAAUCUGUCGUAUUUUUUAGAACUUUUACAAAACUUGUAUGUUUUCAACUUUUUGCAAAUAGUGUUUGAUCAGCUUUGUGAAAAGCCUUGGUUGCUAGGGAGCAGGCAAAUAUUCAUAAAGUCUCUGGUCCCAUCAGGAGACGGUCUAACUGUCUCCACGCACCAAGCGCGAUUAAAAUCAUUCGCGUGAAUGAAUAACAUAUUGCGUUUGAGUUUCCCUGAAAGUCAGAGGUCCGAGCUGGGAAUGACUUACGACUUACGAAGCCAGAAGACAACAAAAUCAGAGGCUGUUCGGAUAUAAGCAAGUACGAGGCAAGCGCUAAAAUAACUUUCGUAGCUGUGGCCAUCUUGUUUCAGGCCUCCGAUGUUGUUUUCUUCUGACUUGGUGACUGAAAUGCUGGUAACUUGGGUGUGACGUCAUUUUUAGCUCAGACUUCUAACUUCCAAGGUAACUCGAACGCAGAAUAAUUGUCUCCACACACAAAGUGUGAUUAAAAUCAUUCGCGCAAAUGAAUAACAUGUUAAAUCAAUGCAAAGACGCGAUUAGACGCUCCUACUACUCUGGCAGCACGAAUUGGGUUGAAGCUGCAAAUGUCUCAAUUUAAGCAGAUAUUCGCAUUGCCAUAACCAAUCAGCACGAAGGUUGCCGGGUGACGUAUGUAAACAGACGUUUGUUAACUGGUAUCUUAAAUGGAGGACAAACUGAUCGUGUCAGAGACAUCUUCACCACCAGCUCCUCUUGGGGGAUUCCCAGGUGCUCCCAGGCCAGGCGAGAGAUAUAAUCCCUCCGCCUGGUCCUGGGCCGGCCACCAGGUCUCCUCCCAGUGGGACAUGUCUGGAACACCUCUAAAGGAGGGUGUCCAGAAGGCAUGCUAACCAGAUACCUUGGCCACCUCAGUUGACUCCCGGCCACCCUACGGAGGAAACCCAUUUCAGCCGUUUGUAUCUACGAUCUUGUUCUUUUGGUCAUUACCCAAAGUUCAUGACCAUAGGUGAGGAUCGGCAUGUAGAUCGACCGGUAAAUCAAGAGUCUGGCCUUAUGGCUCAGCUCUUUCUUCACCCCGACUGAUCGAUUAAGCGUCUGCAUCACUGCUGAAGCCGCUCUGAUCCGCCUGUCGAUUUCCCGCUCCAUCCUACCCUCACUCAUGAACAAGAUCCCGAGAUACUUGAAUUCCUCCACUUGAGGCAGGACCUACCUUUUUCCGUCUGAGGACCAUGGCCUCAGACUUGGAGGUACAUUUGAAGCUCGAAGAACCACAUCAUCUGCAAAAAGCAGCGACGAAAUCCUCUGCCUGCCGAACUGGACGCCCUCCACCCCCCCUGCUGCACCAAGAAAUAGGUGGCUUGGUGUGAGCGCCCCAUAAUGAAAACUGUUUAAAUCAGAUGAAUUACAUAAUAAAGAGUUUAGUAUUUUUUCAUCCUGACUCAGAUUUGACCUUGUGGACUUCUGGCCCUGCAGAGACCGGGUGUGGUCUCAGCACCUCUCGCCCAAACGUCUGUGUUCGGCUCUU